AACACCUUUUCCCUCUGGAUUUCAUAGUUGCAGCACCGCGCGCGGUUUCUAACACCUUCCUCUCCAGGUGGUCAUGACCUAGAGGUAAAAGGUUGUGGCAGCACGACCUGGCACAUGGCCGGAACUUCAGGGUGUGCUACCGUCUGCAGCUGCACCUGCCGUGGCGGAAUGCAGCCUUGAUCCAACCACUAGGGCGGGCUGGCAUCACAGAGAGAGUUAAAUGACGUGUUCGGCUCCGUCCCGUCCUCCCACCCUUCCACUCCAACCUUCCACACGAUGUGGUUGGUGUCCAACCUGCCGCAACUUGCACCUUUGCGCACCUGUGUAAAAAGACAACUACAACCCUAACACGACUGGUUGAUGUGCGCCGUAGAUAGAUGCUACUACUGCUGUACGUUCUGCGUUGGUGUACACCUGCUGGAUGGUGCGUGCUAGUGUGAAAACAGGUAGUGUCGUGUUCUGACAUGGAGACCACCGAAUCCCACACUUUCGACCAAACCCAAGCGGUAGGCACCGCUCGAAGUCCAUUGACAUUGACGUUGACAAUGGGUGCGUGCGUGGAGCCUUGUCUACCUCCAAAUCAUCUCGUUGUGAGUUACUGCUUAGUUCCGCAUGGUCGCGAAUCUUUGUGAGUUGUGCCGCGGGUGUAGCAGCGGGACAAUGUAGUACAGUGCUGGUGCUUGCCUGCGAUGCAGGUGUUUUUUCAUCUCUCUACAUAGCGGGGUGGCAGAUGCCGAGGAACCGCAACCGUGCCGGGCUCGCCCCACAGUCAUGGUAUGAGGCGGCCGCGAGCAUAGAGGAAGGCUUGUGGAUAUUGGCGGAAAUGCGAUGGCGCCUGCGUAACGGGAUGACGUAUACCGGGACUACCAAGUGCCGAUAAAUAUGUACGAGGUAUGUAUGGUAAAAGCUGUCGCCACGAGCUGUGGGAAGGUUUGAUUGUGUUCAAUUGGGGUAGAAGGGCGAUUUUGUAUUGCCACGAUAACAUGGGUGUUGGUAUGUAUGAUGUUGGCUGCACCUCCGUUCACAGCGCUAAACAAAUGAGCGUUGUGAGCUUCGUUCACUGCAUGUUCCCCACACCGCCUUGCUGCGCCCAAGUCUUCCUGUAGGAGGAGGAGAGGUUCGUUUGCGUCAACGGGAAGGCAACCUUGCGGUCCUCGCGGUCCAGGCGCGAGGGGUGCUGUUGACGCUGCUCCUGUGAGAAGCAACAUCACAUGGCGUCUACUCUGUCGUUCCCCAUUCUGCUCACAAAGAUGGCAUCAGACUUGCUACUCACGCUAGUGCUAUUCUACCCGCAGUCCGGACACAGCGUCGUUCUUGUCUAGAACAACAAGUCGCGAUGGGAGGUUGGAUUCUUUGGCCACGGAAUCGAUUGACCACUACAAUGCGUUGCAUGAGGAUAGGCCGGCCAGGCCCCUGCCAACAUUGCCGUGACUCCCAUCCCAGUCUCAAGAGACUUACUGGUGGACGAUUGGGACGAUGCUUCGUUGUUGGAACCGGCAAGUGUUUUGGCAGGACACGGUGAUUUAUUUCCCUUGGCUCAGGUAGGUCGAAAUAUUGGGGGCAUCAAGGACCGAAGCCAUCGUAGCGGCAGCUGGAGACGAACGCGGAACCCCCGAGGAAGCGAGUUUACGUAUAAGGCUGAACAGUAUGGUGAACCCGUAA